AUAUUGCACACUGAAGCCAGGGUGGAACGUUUGAUCCCUGUCACAUUUUCUACCCGGGCACUUUAGCGACGCACCAGAGCAUAGUGUCUGUCGAAAUGGAAGUGAAAAACGCAAAUGCUGCUAUGCUCAGUAACUAUGAGGUGUUCAAACUCCUGACCGACCUGAAAGAACAGAGGAAGGACAGCGGGAAAAACAAACACAGCGCCGGGCAGCAGAACCUCAACACCAUCAUGUAUGAGACACUGAAGUACCUGUCGAAGACGCCCAGCAGCAGGCAGACACCAGAGAUUGUCAAAGAGUUCCUCACCGCCAUGAUGCCUCACAAACUCACAAAGGCAGAAAAACUGCAGCUUUUGAACCAUCGGCCACAGACAGCAGUGGAAAUUCAGCUAAUGGUGGAGGAGAGCGAGGAGCGGUUAUCAGAGGAGCAGAUCGAGGAGCUCAUCCAGAUGGUUGCAACCGUCCUACCUGGUGACCCGGAGCAGGAGAACGCAGCUCCAGCAGAGGCACAGAUCGAACAGUCAUGACACAGACUCCACCUGGAGGUGGACAGCUGGAGUAAAGGCUUAAACUAUGACAGAACUGGACGGGUUGCAUUAACCUGUAUCAUUUGAAAUGGCUCAUUAAACGAUUCACAUUAGGGUGAAUAAAUGGUUUAGUGUUUACCUGUUUACAACCAAAUACUAUACAGCUUUGUGUUUGUAUACGUUUUUGGGCAGUCAUUUGCAGACGUCGUGUUUUGCCCCCUGCUGGUCUAAUUUAUAUUUCACAUCAGAUUCUUUUUUUGGAGAUACACUCUGCUAUUAACCUGAUACAUUUUUGGUUUCUGACUCAAUGUUAGUCAUCACUUUCUAAGAGUUUUAGCUGCUUUACAAUUUCCAAAGCUGUAAUAUAAGCCAGUUGGGGUAUUAAACUUUUCCAGAGUACUAACAUGGGGCCAGACAGAGUUAUUAGAGUGGUUAUGUGAUGAAAAAAGACCGUAGACAUUAUGUGUUGAUUGUUAUCUCUUAACAAGGAUGUAAUCAUUUUUAAAACAAUAUAUUCCAUCUGUAACUAAAUAAACAGCUGAAAUGUG